AUGCAGUCUGCCAUCCUGUUGCUGGCCUCCGCUGGCGCCGCUGUCGCCCAGCUGGCCACCACCUCGGAGCCUUCGCUCUCGCAGAUCCAGCAGGCCGCGGCCACUGUCGUGCCUUCGUCGCCGACCUCGAACGUGGAAGGUGUCGCCUUCAAGCAGUUCUACCAGAUCUGGCUCGAAAACAUUGACUACAGCGCCGCUUCUGGUGACGAGAACCAGAAAUACCUGGCCUCAAAGGGUAUCACCCUGACCAACUACUGGGCCGUUGCUCACCCGUCAGAGCCCAACUACAUCUCUUCCGCUGCUGGCGAUCAGUUUGCCUUGGACAACGACGACUUCUGGCAAAUCCCAGAAAACGUCUCUACCGUGGCUGAUCUUCUCGACACCAAGAAGAUUUCCUGGGGUGAAUACCAGGAGCACUCGCCCUACCCCGGCUUCCAGGGCUUCAACUACUCCAACCAGGAAAACUUUGCUAACGACUAUGUUCGCAAGCACAACCCCUUGGUUAUUUUCGACUCGGUCGCCUCGAAUGCUUCUCGGUUGACUCAGAUCAAGAACUUCACCAACCUCUGGGACGACAUCAAGAACGACAAGCUUCCUCAGUGGGCCUUUAUUACCCCCAACAUGACUGAUGACGCCCACGACACCAACAUCACUUUUGCCUCAACCUGGGAGCGUGGAUUCAUCGAGGAGCUGGAGACUCACUCCAACUUCUGGAACGAGUCUCUGAUUCUGCUCACCUUUGAUGAGACCGAGCACUACCCCAUCAGCAACAAGGUCUUUUCCAUCCUGCUUGGCGGUGCCAUCCCCAAGGACCUUGUUGGAACCGUUGACGACACUUUCUACACCCACUACUCCUCCCUCGCCACUGUCCAGGCCAACUGGCGUCUUCCAUCACUGGGCCGAUGGGAUUGCGGUGCCAACAUCUUCCAGCUCGUGUCCAACAAGACUGGAUACACCAACUACGAGGUUGACACCAGCAACUUGUACCUCAACUCUAGCUUCAUUGGACCUCUUUCCCAGAACGUUUACUCCAAGUACUCCUCCACCUGGGCUGCUCCCCUUACCGGCAACCAGACCUGCUCUGCCGGUCACGGUAUUCUUCAGGCUGUCAAGGACACCUGGGGCAAACUGGCUCCCACCUACAACUACACCAGCCCCGUCCCCUAUGACACUGAUGCUGGAAAGGACGUCAGCACCCCGUUUUCCCGGAACGGUACUACCUGGUUCACUGGUGUCAACGACACCAAAUUGGCCGGUACUGGCACCUCUGAUGGCGCUUCCCCCACUUCUUCCACGGCUCCUGCCGCCACCAGCAGUGGUGCCGCGUCUUCCACGGGCACCACGGGUAAACUUGCCCUCGCCGUUAGUGCCUUCUUGCCUUUCCUUGCAGUCUUCUAA